ACCUGAGGAUCUCCUUGUCUCUCAGGCGGGUUGCCUUGGAUUUUCCCUCCUUCUUCCAUUCUCUAUCCUUUACCUUCCACUUGGUCCAAAUCUCCACACGCGAGAGGUGAAAAAGGAUGGAGAAACGCCGCGCAGCAUCCAGCAGCAGCGCUACUAGCGGCCGCCAAAUGGAAAGACUCCCCGUGAGUACGUACCUGUGUCUCGUGCGUGUAGAUCAAGUGUGAGGCUCACCUGCGUGGGUGUGUGGGGAGAAGCCUACCUGACGGCGUCCGACACGCAGUAAACCGCGCUCCUCGAGACUAGAAUCUUGAGCGGGCCUCCGCUCGUCUCUUCCAAAAAAAGUCGUGAAAAAAGUGGUUCUCCAAAAUCUAACAUGUGGUUCCAAUAAGUUUCAAUUACUUUGGAUCCAGUUCCGAAGGGAAAGUGCAAAGGAAGUUUUCUCAGCGUGUUGUUUUGAGUGUAACUAAGUGCCAAGGUGAACAUAGGUGUGCCAGUGUAUGUUUGUGUAUAUGUGUAAGAUGGUUUCUCUUAAGGAGAGGUAGCCAUCUAGUUCAAAAAAGCUACCAACACGAAUGGUCGAAAUCCGAUAAUUAUAAUUGGAUUAUUCGUGGAGAACUGACUCUAAUCAACAAGGUUGUAAUUCUUCGGGAAGGAUCGGUGAGCCUCUUUGAUCCCCACCGGAGAUGCCUUUGGAAAUCAACAAAUCGGAUUGAGCUCCUUACAGAAGAAGUUCCAGAAGCAAGUUUCCAGCAUGCCGACAGACCUAGUAGUGUCGUCGGCCUCUGCCGUCGAAGAAUCCUCCAGAGGACGAGACAUGUUAGGUCCUCGACCUGCAUCAAGUUCCUCAUCCAAUGCGGGACCAUCAUCAUCAUCAAGAAGCUUUGAUCCCUCCGGAGCGAUCGCAGCUUAUCAUCACCAUCACCACAGCCUCGUUGCAGGACUAGGACAUCCUCAUCAUCGUGAGUCCUCAGCCUUUGUUCCUGUAGUGCCAUCAAGACUCCAUUUAGCACCUUAUCCUGGAGAUAUGCAUCACUUAUCUGGUCCACCAACAGGAUCGUCUUCCUCAAAUCAGGAUCAUGAAAGCCCAGAAUCCUCAGGCAGGAAAACCACCUCAAGUUAUGAGAUAAUGGCUAUGAUGGCUGACAAAAGGAAGGAGUUGGCAGCUAGAGGUCUACUUCUGCCACCACCUCCCCUUCUGGAACCACCACCUGGCUAUCCAGUAUUCCCGGGACCAUUCCCUGGAAGCUCAGCUCUCUAUCAACCCGGUGGUCCUUUGGGUCAUCAGCACCUUGAUCGUAGACUUCUCAGGGCUCCUGGAAGAGCAUCCAGACCUAAAAAGCAGUUCAUUUGCAAAUUCUGCAAUCGACAGUUCACGAAAUCUUAUAAUUUACUUAUCCAUGAAAGAACCCACACUGAUGAGAGGCCAUAUUCGUGUGAUAUCUGUGGCAAGGCUUUCAGGAGGCAGGAUCAUCUCAGGGAUCAUCGAUACAUCCACAGUAAAGAAAAGCCAUUUAAGUGUGGGGAAUGUGGAAAAGGAUUCUGUCAGAGUAGAACCUUGGCAGUCCAUAAAAUACUCCACAUGGAGGAGUCACCUCACAAGUGUCCUGUUUGUGACAGGAGCUUCAAUCAGCGUUCUAACUUGAAGACUCAUCUGCUGACCCACACAGACCACAAGCCAUACGAAUGUACAUCGUGUGGCAAAGUUUUUCGUAGGAAUUGUGACUUAAGAAGACACGCUUUGACCCAUGCAGUUGGAGAUGUGCCUCCUGAAGCAUUGAAAGAGGCACUCAGAGAUGAAGACAGUCCGGAAGAGGAUUGUGGUCCAGAACCAGGCCCUUCGUCAGCUUCUUCGAGUUCGUCAACAGGUCCUUCUACUUCAUUAACUGGCGGAUUAUCAAGUGCAUCAUCAAGUUAUUCACAGCAUCCUCCAUCACAGUCUACCCCAUCGAGACCACAGUUACAAAUCAGAAGAGACCUUUUGCAGGUGAAACCUUCCAUUAAUAGCAGUGCGAAUCUUUCUUCUACACAAAAUCCACCACCUCCUUUGCCACCACCUCCACCUUUAAUUCUUUCUUCUUAUCGGCGAAGACUUGGUUCUCCAGGUCCUUCCAGGGUUCUAAUGGAAUUGCAGGAAAGAGAAAAAGAGAGGGAGAGAGAGAUAGAAAGGGAAAGACAAUAUGAAAGAGAGAGACUAAGAGAGAGCGAUAAGGAAAGGGAGAGGGACAGGGAAAGAGAAGAAGAGGUCCGACCACCUAGGGCACCUACUCCUCAACCUCCUGUACCUCCACCUAGACCAGCUCCUGCGAGACAAGGUUUUACCAUCGCCGACAUUAUGCGUCGGUAGAAGAUUUAAAAUUUGAUAUCAGAACUCACGUUCUUAUCUCGAGAUAGUAUCAGGUCUUUAUUGAGGAGCAGGUGAACUAAACUUGGUAGCUCAUUUCUGAUUUCGUAAAUUUUUUCCUUCUGUUAUCAACUUGCACUGAUUUACAUCCUUUUAAAUAUACCAGGUGAAAAAUAUUUUUUGGGUUUCAAUUUAAUUUUAAGGGUAAUUCAAGGUCAUUGAUGUUGAGUCUUAGAAAGGAAAAACCUGAUUCAGUAGAACCUCUUAUCUGUACGUUACUUGAUAACAAUAUAUUUCCAGAUUUACAAAAAUGAGAACAAAUAUAAAGCAACUCUUCAGGCCAACCUAAGUCUCAAAUCAAUACAAUUUAACCUACAAUCAAUUCAAUAAAACUAUCGUGUUUGCAGAAAAAAAAGAUUAUCGUCUUUUAAUUUUUUUUUUGUCAAUAUCGAAAGUUCCAGCGUAUAAAAAACCUAUUGUGGCUUCUAAGCCUAAAAAUUAUUUUUAUUUCUCUGUCGAAAGUACUUUUAUGGAAAGUUUAACUCUAGAAUAAAAGUAAUUCGGCCUUAAAAUAAUUUUUAAAAACAUUUUAUUUUCGAGAAAGUGUAGAUAUCUUUUUUCGAUGCAGUGAAUUAUAUUGUGGGAAAUAAAUUAACUUGAGCUUGAAUAUAAUUUUCUUGCUGAAAUUUCUUUCUAGGAAAAUUACUUUUCAAUAUCGUAAUGUUUACGGUAAGAAACAACUAGAUUUACCUUCGUACAAUUCUAUCCAUAUGUAUUUAUAAAUAUGUAUACAUUAGAAAAAAAUUAAUUUGACCUCCAUAUAUUAAAAGAAGAACGAUUUCCCUGCUGAAAAUACUAAAAAGGCCAUUAUUAAUGUUCUAAAUAUUAUAACAAAAUAUCAGUUGGCCUUGGAAUAAUAAAAAAUUACCACAAAAAUAUACUGAAGGGGUAGUUAUGAAGUGUAGAAUGUAAUACACAUUUUUUUAUCUUAAAUAUAAUUUUCUGUUUGAAAUUAAAUACUCGUACCGAAGAAGCAACUAUUUUUGAGUAUUUUGAGUUCUACCAUACUAAAGAAAAAAUAAUUUUAGAUUGAGAAGCUUACCAAAUUAAUUAAUUUGACCAUUAAAUGAUAAAAAAAACUUAAGUCCCUUGCUCCUCAAUUGCUUUGAAUACCUUUCGCCAAAUUUUGAACAAAAAAAUCAAGCAGGGUCAACAUUGCAGUACAAGAAGUAUUUCAUUUUCCACCAUUGCGGAAAAUUAAUAUUAACGAAAGAAACCGGUGUGUAAGAACUAUGAAAAUUAAAAUACUGAAGCGUUAUUUCCGUUGACUGUUAAUAGAUUAUAAUCGCGUUGGUGUUGAAAACGCUUAGCGUUAAAUUUUGUGAACCUCGACGGGUCAUUAAAUUUAUAAUUAGAAAAUCGUUUUUUAUGUACAAUCCGCGCUGAAGGUGCAAUUUAAAAUAUUUUUCCAGUGAUAUUAUCUAGCGAAAAACGCAGCCUUUUAAGAUACAAUCUUCUAUAGUCUAUACAAUAAUUUUAUAAUGAUAUACGAUCACGAGAGCCACUGUACUCAAUAGAGGUGGGCAAAAUUUGUUUAAAAAUGUAUUGAGCUACAAAAUACCAGUGAAAACGCUAUUUUUCAAACAAUUUCCAAGUGGACAAUAUUAGAGAUAUGUUUAGAAAGAAUUUUUAUGGCAAAGAAGCGUGCUAAAUAAAUAAACAUUAAAAGUUUUGAGUACAUAAAAAUAUAGAGAAGUAUUUUAUUUUAAUUUUAGAUAUGAGUGAUUUUUUUCGGGACUUGUAUAUAAAACUAUAGAGUACUUAAAUAAAAUGUAAAAAGUACUUAUUUAGAACGCUUUAAUUUAAAUAUGUAUUUUAAGUUUGCCCGCCUCUGCAAUCAUUAGGUAUAUAGAUUUUUUAAUCAUUUUUGUAAAUAGCAUAAUUACUGUUUAGAUUCCGUCGUUUAUAUCAAUUUGAUAGAAACGUAGAUGAGAACAAGAACCUGAUGUGAUAUCACGUAAGCGAAGGUCUGAGGCUUAUGCUAAUACUUUUCAUUUGUACAUUACGUGUUGCGCAUUAACCGGUGCUUAGUGGUAGCUUUUUAGUGAUUUUUUUAUUAUAGUCACAAAAUAGAAUAUAAACGAUAUAUAGAUAAAAGUAUAUUUUAAAUACUAGUGUGACAAUGAAAAUGUACAUAGAAAGAUUUAUAUUUUGCUCUUCAAGAAAUAAUUUUUGUAAAUGGAAAUUCGAACUGAAAAGCUGCCAUUAUUCGAGAGGAGAAGUUUGAAACUUUUGUAAGAAUUUCUAAAAUUAAAUCUAGCUUUUGAACGAAAUGAUUAUUGUAAAUUUAAAGGGGAAAAAUUAAUCUCAAAUACAUAUGAACGUGUGAAAGGUUUCAGGAACAUGUAGGGUCAUUUUGUAAACAGAACAAGUUUUCUUCCAAGUUGGUUUCAAGUUUCAAGACUCGUUCCUCACUAUAUUUUCACAUUUUUACACCGCGAGGACGAAAGUACACAGCCUACCUUCGAAUUUACAUAGGAUUUUCACGUAUUGUAUGUGUACAUAUUACGUAUCUUUGCGCAGGUGUCUGCAGGUGUCUGCAGGUAGAAAUAGUCGUCAGAGUUUGGAAGUGCUAUUAAAAUUUUCUACAGAUCUUAAAUCCUAAGAAAGAAAAAAUAUUUCGUUUAAAACCACUUUUCCCUUUAAAUGAGAAGUUAAUUUGAUAUUUGAUCAAUAUUUUCACAGUACGUAGUUAAAGAGGUCGGUUCGAUUUUGCAAGACUUAACUAAAGUUUGGAUUGAAGAAAGGACGGCAAAAAAAAAGAAAAAAAAUAGAGACUGGGUGAAAAAAGCCUGGUUCCUUGUCGGUGCUCAUUUUACGCAAAGGAGAAUGCAAAUUUUGUGGUCACAUGACCAACCUGUGCCACCGUUUCGGUGGCAGGCGAAAUACAGAAACCAAGUCCUAAACUACUUUUACCUGCUCUCCGAACAUCGGGCUCUAAAAAUAUUUCGACCCUCCUCAGAGUUUGGCAGCUCCUUUCUUCCCGAAGGAUAACCAUUAAGUGACCCUUUGUAUUUGAAACGCAUAUUCAGUGGCCAUAAAAAUAAUGACGCCAUUUUAAAAUAUUUGAAUGACCAUUUUUUAUUUGUUUUUAAUCUUUUUCUCGGAUUUUUCUAAUGAUGAAUGUAAAAGUGUAUGACCAGAAACAAAAUAUCGAAAAAUUGGUGCCAGAAAUUCAGUACUUUUAUAAAAUAUAUAUUCUCAAACAAAGUUUAAAUAUUCUGUGAUAAAUAUUUAGUUUCGAAGCAAAAUCUAUUGUAUGUUUUAGGUAUAUUAUUAUGUGAUAAAUUUUUGUUUGAUGAAAUGAAGGUCUUCCAUGUCGACGAAUAUUUCAUGAAAAAAAUUUCGGUUGAAGAGACGAGAAAUCGAGUAACUCCGUCCUUAUGAUGUACAAGAAAAAAAUUAAUAAAGUAAUAAAAAUGUUAUAUUGUGUGUUUUGUAAGAGAGGGUGAGAGACAACGUGUGAGUGAGUUUUACAAUUUAUUAUGUAUACGUUUGAGAGAUGUAAUGAGGUUACGAUUUACUUAAAAAUGUACAAUUUAUGAUGCACAACGAAAACAGCGUAUACAACAUUCCAAAUGCGCGAUUGCUUGCAGCUUUCCUGUUAUUUUUAGGAGGAAAUUGUGCGCCUUUUUAAGUAUCUAUAUUUCUAGAUUUAUACGAGCGUUGAAAUAAGAAUGUUUGUAAAUUAUAAUAAGGAAGAGAAAAAUAAAAGUACGUACAUAUAA